GAACCCCUCGACUGGAGAUUUGGAGGGAUCCCAGCACGGGAUGCUUCAAUCUGGAGGAAGUCGAGCAGGGCCAAGGAGAAGAAGCAGCGGCGGCUGGAGGAGCGCGCGGCCAUGGCCGCUGUCUGCGCCAAGGUCGAGGCCGCCAACAAACUCCAGGAUCCCCUCGAGGCCUUCCCGGUGUUCAAAAAGUACGACAGGAACGGCCUGAACGUGUCCAUCGAGUGUCGCCGCGUGUCCGGCCUGGAGCCGUCCACCCUGGACUGGGCCUUCGAGCUGACCAAGGCCAACAUGCAGAGCCUCCCCUUCCGAUCUUACGAGGUGCAGCUGGAGAGCCGCGUGCGGCGGCGGGGGCUGGGCAAGUUCCUGCUGCAGAUCCUGCAGCUCGUGGCCAACAGCACGCAGAUGAAGAAGGUGAUGCUGACCGUGUUCAAGCACAACCGCGGCGCGCUGCAGUUCUUCCGCGAGGCGCUGCAGUAAGUGAGCGCCGCCCG